AUGGGCAAAGACUGCGUCACGGCUGGAAGGGAUCGUGGCAAGGGCACAGUCAGCAGGAAAGCUGAGUGUCAUUUCCUCUUUCUAUCUUUCUGUGGAUUAAUUUUAAAUCCAUUUGAUAGAAUUAAUCAUAUAAGCCAGUCUCAUUUCCCUGCAAAUGUCUGCCUUCGUGCAAGUGAUUUUGUAGAAAGGAGUUUCUCCAAUAAAGAAGAGCUUCUCUUUCAACUCCAUGGACAUCAGAGAGAGUCCCUUUCAAAAAAGGAGGCUCAGGUCUGGAGAGACAAAGGCCUCUACUUUCUAAAAGGCCUCUUGGACCAAGCCCAGACCCUCAUCAGAGCUGACAACAUGUCCAGCCGGCACUACUGCAAGAACUUCUUUGUCUAUGGUAGUGUGGCCAACUGAAGAAGCCGGCUUAGUUGCUCCAGUCAGGUGCUCACACUAAGAAAGGUUGGGUGAAGGUUAUAAAGUGGUUGUGAAUGAGAACUCGGUCUGGGCUCUACCAAGCAGAGAAGCCAUGCAGAGAUGAGAAAGGUGAAAGGCAUGAAACCAUGUUAAGCAGAAAAAUAAAAAUUCAUAACAGAAUGGGUGUAGCAUUAUAUAG